GUGUCUGAUUCCUAAAGUACCAUAUUUCUGCCUAGUAAAAAGUUCAAUUCUUUCUCAUCCAUUUUAUGGUUUACUCAUCUUCUCCAUCUGGGUUCGAAUCGUGCGCAUUUUUUUCUUAUAACUCAGGUGUAAGGGCUAGCUUUCGUGCACCUCAACAAUUGACGGUCAGAAAAUUCAACCGUUCCUUGUUUUCAAUAGAAAUGAGGAACUUACCGAUAUCUGAUACACUUGAUUUUUUGCCGGAAUGAUCUAGGACUAAUCCUGGGGAACCAAUCCCACCGUCCACUUGUGGGGGUCCCAAUUAAUUCCAGAAACUGAUUAAUUUUCGACAAUGAGGCUAUGCUUCUUGGCUGUAAAUUGCACUCUUCACUGUCAUUGUAACUGACUGAGGAUUGUAGUCAAUGAAUUUGGGCUUGCUCUGUGUGUGUUAACAUGCUAUCUGUUGGCAAAAUCCGCUUGCUUCGCCUUUAUGUCAACAGAAGUUAUGCAAUGAAUCAUCUUGUUUGUUUAGAAACUCUAUACCUGUCUCCCAUUAUAUCUCCUCCGUCGAUAGUUUGUAAUGAAAUGACCAUGUUUUCGGCUCCUCAUUCCAGCUGCCCUAGCUUCUCUCGCCGUUUGUAUCUCAUGAAUAACUCAUUGAAGCCUAUGGACCUUCGAACCCAGACCCAAUUUGACACAGGUGCCAAUGUCACUUCGAGUACAGUCCUACACAGAUACUUGCACCUUUCACUUUAUCAUUCUUCCUUGACACCUGGGUCACAAUCGUUAAGGCCAAGAAUGAAUAAGAGAUUAAAACCUCCAUCGAAACCUGUUCUCGAUGAAGCCCGAUUUAGGCGUGCAGUGUCCCAACUUGCACCAAGGUUCACUGCCGAAGAACUAUGCAGUGUCAUAACACUAGAGCAAGAUCCUCUUGUGUGCUUGGAGCUGUUUAAUUGGGCUUCACAGCAACCUAGGUUUAGUCAUGAUGUUUCCACAUACCAUAUAACCAUUAAAAAGCUUGGUGUUGCGAAAUUGUACCAAGAGAUGGAUGAGGUUGUGAGCAAGGUGCUUGAUGUUCCUCACAUUGGUUCGGAGGCCUUGUUUAAUACGAUAAUUUACUUCUUCACAGAAGAUCGUAAAUUGACAAAGGCUGUCAACACAUAUAAGCACAUGAGAAAAAGCAGGAAUAUGGAAUGUAAGCCUUCGAUACGAACCUACAAUCUUCUGUUUUCUGCACUUCUUAGUCGGGGGAGAAAUUCUUAUGUAAACCACAUGUAUAUGGAGACCACCAGAUGCCUCUUCAAGCAAAUGGUGAAUGACGGUGUUGAACCCGACAUUUUCUCGUUGAAUUUCAUGAUAAAAGGGUACGUCCUUUCACUUCACGUGAAUGAUGCCCUCAGAAUAUUUCAUCAGAUGGGUGUGGUUUAUAAAUGUUUACCGAAUUCGUAUUCAUUUGAUUAUUUGAUUCAUGGGUUGUGUGCCCAAGGGAGGACACAGAAUGCUAUGGUUUUGUGUAAUGAUAUGAAGAAGAGAGGGUUUGUUCCGAGCAGUAAAUCAUAUAACUCCCUCGUGAACUCUUUGGCUCUUGGUGGAGAAGUUGACGAGGCAAUAAACCUUUUGUGGGAGAUGAGCAAGUGUCAGAGGUCUGCUGAUUUGAUCACUUAUCAGACAUUGCUUGAUGAGAUCUGCCGGCAUCAAACGGUUGGAGACGCCAAGUUGUUGUUGAAGGAGUUGCUAGAGAAGGAGCUUGUGGAUAAUCAUACUUGCGGGAAGCUUCUGCAUAGAAUUAAGGAGAACCAGAGGAAAUAAUUGGUCAGUCAUGGUUGGACCGCAAGGAGUUCUUGAUGGGGGAGCCUGUUCGAUCUAAAGUUCGGCCGGUCUGUAAGGUAUAUUGAAAGCAAGACAAGUCGAAAUCUUACAAAAAUUCUGCUUUGACUUCCUGGAACUAGAUGGUGAAGACUAUUUUUCUUGAUGGAUUGUAUGUUUUUGAAAUACUUAUUUCUGUAUGCCCACUUUACUUUACGUAGAAGAAUAUGUUAAUCUCGAUUUUCAAGUUUCACCCAUUUUUUCUGGUGAUUCUUUACACACACCUUACAGAACACAAGUGUCCUCUCUUCUUUUCUUGGUUUCAGUGCAAGCAUUGUUGAACUGCCUGAAGCUGGCAGAGUGGCACCUUGUUGAUUACUGUUCUCAAUUCUGAACCAUGCCUUAAGUGAGGUAUUUAUUUUUGGAGAGAUCUUUUUACCUCAAUAAAUAUUUUCUGCAAGUAAUCCAUAUAUUCGGCUCCUGAACUGAUCAAGAAAUGAAUGGGAUCGCAAUACCCCCUGAGUUUGACAUAGACAUACGCAUGUGCUAGUUAUGCAUAAUCACAAAUUCUUCUGGAUUCUUUAGUCAAGAUAAAAUCAUGGCAAUUGGAUACCAUUCCGUAAAGCUUCUUUAUUAUGUUGCUAAUCCUCGGCUCAAGAGUUGAAGAUCAUGUCGCUUGAAAAUGAAGCAUGAUCAAGUGAUGCAAAGAGUCAGAAUCCACAUUGCCUUUAACAGUGAAAAUAGUUUUAAUGCUCCAUUUCCUCAUCGCUUCACCAAUCUGCACUCAGCUUUAUGCAAGAAGCACACGACAUGAUAUAAAGCAUUUAUGGUCCCAUGACUACCUACAGACCAUUUGUUUGAUGGGAUUUGAGCAUCGGAUUGGACUUUAUUAUAUUAAAAAAAAUUACAUAUUUGGUGAUUGCCUUAAAUGUUUUCCGACCCGACUUAUAUAUCUAUCGGAUAUAUUAUCCCACAAAGUGUAGAAUAUAUACAAUACUAUUGGGCGGCUGUUUUAUUAAUUUAUCACUACAUGUUUAAAAACCAAAACUAGGCAAACAGAGUCUUAAGUCCCAACCAAUUAAGGUCGACUGGUCGACCUUAUGAAUAUGUUUUCUCCAUUUAGGUAUGUCGAGAGCAUCCUGUUUCGUAAUAUCCAACAAACUUAAAUCCUUUCAAAAUACCGCUUCUAAGGUCAACCCUGACCUACUCCUCUCCCCUUACUACUACCCUCUACCCUUUACCCUGACCUUACCACUUAACUACCGCAU